AGUGACAACCUCUGGUGGGAUGCCUUUGCAACUGAAUUUUUUGAAGAUGAUGCAACCUUAACCCUUUCAUUUUGUUUGGAAGACGGACCAAAGCGAUACACAAUUGGAAGGACCCUCAUUCCUCGUUAUUUUAGCACUGUCUUUGAAGGAGGUGUAACAGACCUGUAUUACAUUCUCAAGCACUCAAAAGAGUCAUACCACAACUCAUCCAUCACAGUGGACUGUGAUCAAUGCACCAUGGUCACUCAGCAUGGAAAACCCAUGUUUACCAAGGUAUGCACAGAAGGACGUCUUAUCUUGGAGUUUACUUUUGAUGAUCUUAUGAGAAUAAAAACAUGGCACUUUACUAUUAGACAGUACAGAGAAUUAGUCCCACGCAGCAUUCUAGCCAUGCAUGCACAAGACCCUCAGGUGCUGGAGCAGCUGUCCAAAAACAUCACUCGAAUGGGUCUGACAAACUUCACCCUCAACUACCUCAGGUUGUGUGUAAUACUGGAGCCAAUGCAGGAACUGAUGUCAAGACAUAAAACCUACAAUCUAAGUCCUCGAGACUGCUUGAAGACUUGCUUGUUUCAAAAAUGGCAGAGAAUGGUGGCCCCACCAGCAGAACCCACAAGACAACCAACAACCAAACGGAGAAAAAGGAAAAACUCUACCAGCAGCACUUCCAACAGCAGUGCUGGGAACAAUGCAAAUAGUACCAACAGCAAGAAAAAGUCAGCUGCUGCAAACCUGAGUCUAUCAAGUCAGGAUGUGAUGGUGGUAGGAGAACCAACUCUGAUGGGAGGCGAAUUUGGGGAUGAAGACGAAAGGCUUAUCACUAGAUUAGAGAAUACACAGUAUGAUGCAGCAAAUGGCAUGGAUGAUGAAGAAGAUUUCAACAAUUCACCUGCACUGGGAAAUAACAGCCCAUGGAACAGCAAACCUCCUGCUAACCAGGAGACUAAAUCUGAAAACCCCACACCACAAGCUUCCCAAUAGGUCAUUCUGCAGCAGUACCCAUUGCAACGUAUGUCAGUGGGUUAUUAAUUACUGUUUCACAGCAUUCUCAAAAAAAAAAAAAAAAAUGAAACCCCCCACCUUUCAACGGAUACAGUAUCUAUUUCUAAACUAAAGCUAUCUGAUUUUUUUUAAUUAGGGAAAAUUCUUGUAUAAGCUUCCAUAUACAUUUCUUGGAAGCAUUCACAUACAACAUGAUACUGGCACUGACCUCAAUUAAAAUAAUUGAAAAUUAAAUAGCAUUCAUGGCAAAUUUCUGACAAUGCAUUUUAUUGGAAGGGGUUGUUUUUUUCCUCAUCGAACAAUGGCCAUAUUUUAACAAGUCAUCAGUGCUCAGGAUCUCAUUAACGUAACUAUGUAAAACUUUUUACAAUUGUAAUAUA